AUGGUCCGUCUCAGCAAUAUACAAGGCAAGGUCUUGCGCCGCCUGAAAGAACAAGCAGGCACGAAAGAAGUGAAGAAAUACAGAUCCACAGAGGUCGUCGGAAAGCCGGUGUACCUGCCUCAAUUCCGCAUCGCUCUCGUCCGAACCCCCAACCUCUCCUCGAAAUAUGCUCAAUUCCGCGUCCCCCUCAACUUCAACAAGUUCGAUCUCCGCAGCUACCUAUACAAUCUCUAUGGUGUCGCUGUCCUCGGUAUCCGCAGUUAUGUCCAGGCACAAGGACUCACACGCAUCACGCGCGACGGCAAGGGGUACGGCCCAUGGCGCCGACCUAAGUCGCAGAAGCGCAUGACUGUCGAGUUGAAAGAGCCUUUCGCGUGGCCCGAGGAGCCCAAGGAUCUCACCCCCUGGGAACACGAAGGCUGGGAGAAGGCCGAGCUCUGGCAGCAGCAGCAACAAGACAAGGAGAACCCGAAGCGCAACUCUGGCGAAGAGCCCGACCACGAGCUGCGCGCCGCCUACAAGGAGCAGGCUAAGGCUUUGCUCGAGAAGAAGGAGACCUGGAGACCAACCUGGAAGGCUGUGGGUCUUGAGCCCCAUGAGGCUGCGAAGAAGGCCAGCUACUUCCCUGCUACUACGCUGCCGGCUUGGUAUGCUAAGCAACGGAAAGGCGGGCCGAAAUAA